UGGAACCCAUUCUGUCGCCGAUUUUUUGAUAGUUCUCUCACCCUCUCGGAGCAGAGCAGUUGGGCCGAUCAAACCAUCCAUGGCUGUAGUCCAUCCAUGUAGACCAAACCGAACCAUUUGAAACCCAAACGCUCGCUGUUGAAUGACCGAGAGAAAUAGUGGCAGGGUGGCUGGGUUACAUUUAUUGCAGCUAGCUGGUCGGCCGCAAGCAACCUGUUUGCUGAAAUGCUUCACCGAAAGUGUCAUCUAUGGCUUAUGCAGCUUGUCAAUUUUUAUCGAAGACAAGGGGAGUGAAGGAAAAUUGGACAUCUUAAGAAAAAAUGUGGGUUAUGGAGUUAGCAAGUAUUUACAGAGGAAGAUGGAUGAGACGGAGCAUGUUACGAAGAAUUAAUGGUGUUGGGUCUGAUUCGGCAUCUGUAGUUGACAUAGGAAGAUGUAGAUGGCAGUUCGUAGCUCAUUCAACUUAUUCUACUUCUGAAGCAGUUAGCAGUAUUGGAGAUAAAGAUGUUGGCAAAGUGAAUUUGGCUAAGGAUUUAGCUUGCUUAGUUGAAGAAUCGUCUAAUCUCGAUAAGAAGAAACCCAUGACCCUUUUAGAGCUUAAGAGGUUGCUUGAACUCCGGAUAAAGAAGAGGGUAAAGGAGCAAUAUGUUAACGGAAAGUUUCAAGACCUCAUGCACAAAGUGAUUGCCAAUCCAAAAACACUUCAGGAUGCUUAUGAUUGUAUCAGAAUGGACUCAAAUAUUGGCCUAGCUAAGGAAAGAGACUCCAUCCCUUUUGAAUCCUUGGCAGAAGAGCUCAGUUGUGGGAAAUUUGAUGUCAGUGCCAACGUCUUCUCUCUUUCGACAAGGGGUGCACAGAAAGAAGUACUUGUUCUUCCUAAUCUAAAAUUGAAGGUUGUCCAAGAAGCCAUCAGGAUAGUUUUGGAAGUGAUUUAUAGGCCCCACUUUUCUAAAAUUUCCCAUGGUUGUCGAAGUGGAAGAGGGCAUUUCUCUGCCUUCAGGUACAUAUGCAAAGAAAUUUCUAAUCCUAAUUGGUGGUUUACAUUACAUAUUAACAAAAAACUUAAUGUUUGUAUCCUUGCUAAGCUCAUUUCCACUAUGGAGACCAAGAUAGAAGAUCCAAGUUUAUAUGCUAUCAUCCAAAGUAUGUUUGACGCACAGGUACUCAAUUUGGAGUUUGGGGGUUUUCCAAAAGGCCAUGGCCUUCCACAAGAAGGAGUUUUAUCCCCAAUUCUACUGAAUAUAUAUCUUGAUAUGUUUGAUCGUGAAUUCUACAAGAUGUCAAUGAGAUAUGAAGCUUUUGAUAUGGAAGUUCAAAAUGAACAGGAUGCUUCCUACUCCAAGCUGCGCAGAUGGUUUAGAAGACAGAUAAAAGGAAAUAAUAUUGUACAACCUUGUGGGGAGAACUCUAAUGUGAGGAUACAUUGUUGUCGAUUUAUGGAUGAGAUAUUUUUUGCAGUUUCAGGUUCCAAAAGUGUUGCUCUCACUUUCAAAUCUGAGAUUCAUAGUUAUUUGCAGGAUUCUCUCUACUUGGAGGUUGAUAAUCAGACAGAUAUAUUAUCAUGUAGUGGUCCCUAUUCUGUUCAAUUUCUUGGCGCUUUAGUUAAAAGAACUGUAAGAGAAAGUCCUGCAGUAAGAGCUGUUCACAAGCUAAAGGAAAAGGUAAAGUUAUUUGCUUCACAGAAACAAAAGGCUUGGGAUGCUGGAACUGUUAGAAUUGGAAAGAAAUGGCUGGCUCAUGGAUUGAAGAAGGUCAAAGAAUCUGAGAUCAAGCAUUUGGUUGAUAGUAACUCUCUUCUAAGUCAGAUUUCUACUCUUAGAAAAGCUGGGAUGGAAACAGAUCACUGGUACAAAGUCUUAGUAAAGGUGUGGAUGCAAGACAUAAAUGCUAAAUCCGCAGACAGCGAGGAAUUUAUCUUAUCCAAGUGUAUUGCUGAACCUUCCCUUCCCAAGGAACUAAGAGAUUCAUUUUAUGCAUUUCAGAAGUGUGCAGAAGAAUAUAUUUCUUCUGAGACAGCUUCAACUCUUGCUCUUUUGCCCAAUUCUAGUUUGUCUACUGAAUCUGUUAUAAUUACAGAGGUUAUAGCUCCAGUAAACAUUAUAAAGAAGCGUCUGUUACGGUAUGGACUGGCAAAUGCCAAAGGAUUUCCCUGUACAAGUCACAAGCUUAUUUUACAAGAUAGCAGUCAAAUUGUCGACUGGUACUCUGGCAUAGCUUCCCGGUGGCUUAAGUGGUAUUGUGAGUGUCAGAACUUCAGUGAGAUAAAGCUUAUUCUUUGUGACCACUUGAGAAAAUCUUGCAUUCGGACACUGGCAGCUAAGUAUCGGAUUCAUGAAACUGAGGUAGAGAAACAAUUUGAUACAGAAUUGGACAGAAUUCCUUCAACCCAAGAAUUUGAAUAUGAGUUGGAAAAUAAGACCUUGGUUUCUCAAGCUUCUCACAGUGACGGUGCAUUAAGGUAUGGAAUUUCUUACAGUGGCUUGUGUUUAUUGUCCUUAGCAAGAAUGGUGAGCCAAUCAAGACCUUGCAUCUGUUUUGUUGUUGGGUGCAUGGCUGCGGCGCCAUGUGUUUAUACCCUCCAUGUGAUGGAGAGACAGAAGUUUCCAGGUUGGAAGACAGGGUUUGCAAGUUGUAUCCAUCCAAGCAUGAAUAGAAGGCGAAUUGGGUUAUGCAAGCAACAUUUAAAAGAUCUGUAUCUUGGCCAUAUAUCGCUCCAAUCUAUUGAUUUUGGCACCUGGAAGUGAGAUUUUUCCAACAGAAGUAUACUCAGUUGAAGAUGAAGCUACAACCCUGAGAUAUUUAAACUGAGGAUCAGGGCCAAAUAACAAUAAGCAAAUGGAGAUGAUGGUAGAAAAUAUGAACUCACAUUACUUGGAAUUUAGGGAAGGUACACUCAUCGAGGUGCGGCAAUGACAUGGAGGCCAGAGAAGUGAGAUUGUUGUGGUUACAGGAAAGUUUUACGUUGCUUUUCAAUCACGUUAGCUCAGUGGCUCCGGAUUUGAAUAAUCUAAGGAAUGCCGCUCCACCUUUCACAGUGCACUGGAUGAUUUCAGCUCCAGAAAAUCUUAAUUUCACAAUAGAUCCAGCUAAUUUGGUUCAAUCUUCCUGCUUUAGAUCUAUCAGAUUAGAAUUUCCUAGACUUGAUGGAUUCGAACCACAGGAGUGGCCCUUUAAAGUCAGGCAGUACUUUGUUUGGGCUUUAUGGAACACCAGAAUGUCACAAAAUUGUUAUUGCAUCAUUCCACCUGGAUGGAUCUGUGGCUAGUUAGUUUCUUCAAUGGAUAAAGAUGAGAAGUUACUAGGGCCAUGGAGUGAGUUAAGAGUUGGAGCAUCAGAAUGUGAUGAGGAUCCACAAGGUGCUUUGGCCGAACUUGUACAAAUUGGAGCCAUGAGGGCUUUUCAAGAACAGUAAGUUUUUCAACUAAGGUAUUUGAAUUAUCCAUAUAUAAGUUGCUGAUGACUGUUAAUGAGGAUAGCACAAAGGAAGGAGGAAAAUUCUGGGAGACUAGACUGAGCAACAAUUAAGUUGGAGAAGGAUCGGUUGAAAUGGUUGCAGAAAUUAAUUACAAUGCAUUAGAGGGUCAAUUGAAUCCCAAAACCAUUAGUAGACUCACUGGUGGCAUCCGAAAUGCGGUUGAGUUUGCUCAGAAAUAGGACAUUCGUUAAUGCAAUGCAGAUAGUGAGUGUAAAUGUAAGCCCUUCAAGGUGUUGGUGGGAAAUGGGGAUUACCUUCCUUGUGACAGCAAGCAUACUCUCUAGUCUCACUCAAUUCACAUUAGAUUCCUAUAUUCUGUCUACGAAAGGAUCUGAAGUCAUUUAUUUAGGGCCAGUAGUUGGUAAUUGUAUCACAUCAUAUAAACGUAUCUAUACCAUGUGGCAGAACAAUGUUUAUUUUAGGUAAAAUAGCUCAGGUCAUCCACAGAAAUACUUUAUAUUCCAGGUUUUACCAUCUUCUCGUGACUUUAGAUUUGCGGCAUAUGCAGUAGGUUGGGACAUGAUUUACAACUUUAUGUAGGUAGUCGAUUGUUUCUUAUUACACCGAUGACAUAAAUUCCAAGAUAAAAGGUUGCUUCAUCCGUUUUACAUCUUUAUUAAGGGAAAAUGAUGCCAUGUUUUCAGCACUGAUUUAUUCAAAGAAGAUUUCACAAAUCAUGCAAGAUGGGCCACUAAAUGCAAGCAUUAUAUUAUAUUUUAUUUAUAUAGGAGCAUGCUAAUUGAACAUAAAAAAUUAAUCUAAUUAUUAACUGCAUGCUAUAUAUAGCACAAGUCCUAUUACGUUUGACUAUGAAUAUGAGGACUGUCAAGGAGGCUUACCAAACUCCUACAAACUAGACCAAUAAGGGAAUAUCAAGCUCAGUUUCUUGUCAACCAAAGAUAUUGGACUAUCCAAACCAUUCCUGACGAGCUGCUUCAUGCCAGGACAACCUGAAAUUCAGAGGAGGUAAUAGCUAAUAGGUUUUACAAUCAUAGACAAGCUAUUGGUCUGGCUUGAUUGCAUGAAGACAAGUAUAAGGCUGCAAAGAAUUGGUCGUCCAAGCCCCCCUUCCAGCUUCUCUGUUAUUAGAUCUCCUCCAGUUAAGCUGAUUCCCACCAUGAUCAUAAUUCUCAGUCAAAGCUUACGGUUCCUAUAGGUUGUCACCUUCAGAACUGAAAAAGGGAAGGGAUCAAGGACUUUGUUACAAUUGUGAAUUUGUGAUAAGAAGUUUGUACUGGGGCACAGAUGUAGAACCAAAUUUUGUUACAAAUGACUGAAGAAGGAAGUGGGCAAGAAGAAGAAAUGGAUUGUGAUCCAACUGGAGGUGUCAAUCGGUGACUUUGCAGUUAAAACCGAUCCUGAAAUAAGUCAUCACGCUCUUGAAGGACAGCUAAAUCCUAGAACUAUUCAGUUGUUAGGCAAAAUAAGAACUCAUGAAGUACAAACUUUGGUAGAUAGUGGCAGUAUGCAUAAUGUUCUCCAGUUGAAAACAGCGCAGAAACUUGGACUGGUGGUGAAAAAUGCAAAUCCUUGGAGGUCUUAGUUGGCAAUUGGGAUCAUUUGAUUUUUGAUAAGAGAUGUUUGUAAGUGCCCUUGCAAUUGCAGGAUACUUUGUUCUGACUAGACUCGUUUGUUUUACCUAUUAAGGCAGCUGAGGUGAUAUUACGAAUCCAGAGGUAUAGUCCCGUGAGUGUCCUUGAACUAGUUUAUCCUUUCCCCUUCUUGUAUCUGGUAUGUAUCAGGGUGGAUCAAACUCAAGGGACCUUGGACCCAAGUGAGUUGGUACCUAUGCUAUUGAAGAGAUACCAUUAUGCUGCCAAAUCACAAUUUGCUGUUACAAGAUAGCAUGCACUUCCAUCUCUUUUUUCCGGUGCAAAUUAUCCUG